AUGAUAAAGAACGGAAUCCGCAUUGCCAUCGACAGAGGUGGCACCUUCACAGAUGCCUGGGCGGAUAUCCCUGGCCGACAAGAUCAUGUCGUCUUCAAGGUUCUAUCAGUAUCUCCAGAUGAAUACGAUGAUGCCCCAACGGAAUGUAUCAGACGUAUUUUAGAAAUGGCAAGCGGCGAGGAGAUACCCAAGGGUUCUCUGCUUGACCUAUCGUCCGUUGAAUCCAUCCGCAUGGGUACGACAGUGGCUACGAAUGCGCUUCUCGAGCGGAAGGGCGAUCGUGUGGCCCUCAUGGUAACCAAGGGCUUUCGAGAUUCGCUCUUGAUUGGUAACCAGGCUCGGCCCAACAUUUUCGAUCUCUCGGUGCAACGGCUCAAGCAGCUCUACGAGACCGUGGUUGAAGUUGACGAACGCAUCACGAUUGAAGGAUAUAGCGAGGAUCCCGAGCCCAAACCUAUCGACGCCACAUCUGACCCUGAUCUCAUCGUCGGUCUGACGGGUGAGGUAGUGAGAAUAUUACGAACGCCAGACCUGGAUGCUGUUCGCUCACAGCUACAGACAUUGCAAUCGCAAGGCUACCAAAAUCUAGCCAUUGGACUCAUGCAUGCAUAUACCUACCCCGAGCACGAGCUUCAGAUAACAAAGUUAGCCGAACAAAUGGGCUUCAAAGUAUCAGCGUCGUCAGUUCUGCAAUCAAUGGCCAAAUUCGUCCCUCGAACCCAGUCAGCGGUGGCUGAUGCUUAUCUCACUCCCAUGACCGCUUCGUACCUUGAAGGCUUUCGGAAGGGAUUCAAGGGCCAGCUAGAUGAUGAAAAUGCAAACAAAGUACUACUCAGUCAGUCAGAUGGUGGCUUGGCAACCUGGAACAGUUUUUCAGGCCUCCGAGGAGUAUUAAGUGGUCCUGCUGGAGGUGUCGUAGGCUUGUCACGAACAUGCUAUGAUGCGGAGGAAGGCCGGCCGGUGCUGGGGUUUGACAUGGGCGGAACCAGUACCGAUGUGGCCCGGUAUUCCGGCGCUCUUGAGCAUAUUUUCGAAAACACGAUCGCAGAGGUUACCAUUCAGACGCCUCAGCUGGAUAUCAACACCGUCGCAGCGGGAGGUGGAUCAAUCUUGACUUGGGAGACUGGUUUGCUAAAAGUUGGGCCACGGAGUGCUGGCGCAAAUCCCGGUCCUGCAUGCUACGGAAAGGGUGGGCCGUUGACUGUGACGGACGCCAAUCUGCUACUAGGACGAAUCAUUCCGGAGUAUUUCCCAAAGCCUCUAGAUUUAGACGUCGUCAAACAGAAGUUUGCCACUUUGACAGACGUUGUUAACAGGGGAAAAGGAGGUGGAGAUGCCUUUACCUCAGAAACCUUGGCGCUUGGCUUCCUGGCUAUCGCGAACGCCACGAUGACAAGACCCAUCCGCAAGCUGAGUGAAGGCAGGGGGUACAGUGCUGCUAGCCACAACCUUGGAUGUUUCGGAGGUGCCGGUGGACAGCAUGCUGUCUUUAUUGCUCGAGACCUUGGGAUCCAAAAAGCAAUCAUUCCCCGCUACUCAAGUAUCUUGUCUGCAUAUGGGAUGGCUCUAGCCGAUGUGGUGGUCGAGAGUCAGGAGCCUGUGGCGUGGAAGUUUGAUCGACAGACUCUAUCUGAGCUUCAGGCGCGGCUAGAUCUGAUAUCUAAGAAAGGUAUAGAUGCCUUGAAACUCCAGGGGUUUCACAAGAAAUCUAUCGUGCAUGAAUACUUUUUGAACAUGAAAUAUCAAGGCAGCGAUACGACCUUGAUGAUCCGGAAACCUGACCAACUGUCAGACUUUGGAGCAGCGUUCCAUACUAGACAUGCCCAAGAGUUUGGAUUCUCGCAGUCUCGGGAUAUACUGAUUGAUGACAUCCGCGUGCGCAGUAUCGGAAGAUCCCGAGUCGUAGACACCUCGAGCCCAUUCAAGGAACUGAAUAAGCUAGAUGACCGUUGUAUAGAUCAGCCACCAGCGCCAGCAUUUACACGGAAAGUAUUCUUUGAUAUACUUGGUUGGGCAGAUACCAACGUUUAUACGCUUCCUCGCCUGAGUCCCGGUACCCGGAUCAGUGGUCCAGCCAUGAUUAUUGACGAGACACAGACGAUUGUAGUUGAUCAUGCAAGCAGAGCGACUAUCUUGCCUGAACAUGUGAUUUUAGAAGUCGGAAGUGUGAACCAGGAGCAGCUUUCAACCAAUGCUGUGGACCCCGUCCAACUGAGCGUGUUCAGUCACCGGUUCAUGACCGUGGCAGAGCAGAUGGGCCACACAAUGGAGAAGACUUCUAUAUCUGUGAAUAUCAAAGAGAGGUUGGAUUAUUCUUGCGCCAUAUUCUCUGCUGAUGGUGGACUCGUGGCCAAUGCACCUCACAUCCCCGGCCACCUUGGGUCCAUGAGCACGGCUAUCACGGCUCAGAUUGAGCGACAUCCACCGGGUGAUCUGAAGCCCGGCGAUGUCCUUAUCAGUAACCACCCGGCUGCGGGUGGUACUCACCUGCCAGAUAUUACAACCAUUACACCCGUGUUCGACGAUGAUGAGAACCCAUCAGCGAUCUUGUUUUACGUCGCUAAUCGCGGUCACCACGCCGAUGUGGGUGGAAUUGCCCCAGGCUCUAUGCCUCCCAAUUCGACCGAACUCUGGCAAGAGGGAGCGGCCAUUGAAUCUUUCAAGCUUGUCAACCAAGGUGUCUUUGACGAGGUGGGGUUGAUCCGACAUCUGUACGAGAUUCCCGGCACAUUCCCGGGCUGCAGUGGCACUCGCACGUUGAGUGACAACAUUGCCGAUCUGAAGGCGGCUGUCGCAUCGAACCAAAAGGGUAUCCAGCUGAUCCACGCUCUCAUUAAAGAGUUCACCUGGCCGGUCGUCGAGUUCUACAUGAAGGCAAUCCAGGAAAAUGCCGCGCAGGCUGUGCGGGACCUGCUGAAAGGCUUCGCCCAACGAUACGAAGGCGGGGUGCUCGAAGCAGAGGAGAGGAACGACGACGGAAUCCCGUUCCAUCUGAGAGUGACAAUCGAUAAGGAUACAGGCAACACCGUUUUUGAUUUCACUGGGACUGGACCAGAACAUUCGGGGAACUUGAACUCGCCGCAAGCUUGCUUACAUUCUGCCAUCAUGUACUGUCUCCGCUCGAUGAUAUCUGCGGAUAUACCUCUCAACCAGGGUUGUCUGGCUCCUAUCCAUGUGGUCUGCCCCGAGGGUACUAUCCUGUCACCCUCCAUCACUGCUGCCACGGUCGGAUGCACCACCGAGACGUCAUCUAAGAUCGCCGAUCUUGUCCUCAAGGCCUUCCAGGCAGCAGCUGCUUCCCAGGGUACCAUGAACAACCUGACAUUCGGCUACGGAGGUACAGACCCCAUCACAGGAAAGGUUGUCAAGGGCUUCGGCUACUACGAGACCAUUGCCGGUGGGGCGGGAGCUGGACCCGACUGGGAGGGUACUAGCGGAGUACACACCCAUAUAACCAACACUCGCAUUACCGACCCCGAGAUUCUAGAAAAACGGUACCCAGUCAUUCUACAUGAGUUCUCCAUCCGCCGGGGAAGUGGCGGGGCAGGUCUACAUCGGGGAGGUGACGGAUGUGUCCGUAAUAUAGAGUUCCGUAUUCCCCUUCAGGUAUCGAUUCUGUCGGACCGACGGGUCACAGCACCCUAUGGAAUGGCGGGUGGGAAGGAGGGGAAGCGUGGGGAGAACGUGUGGAUUCGGAAGGAUCCUGUCACUGGGUCCACUCGGAAGGUUGCCCUAGGUCCCAGGCAGACGGCUCAGUUCCGGCCAGGGGAUCGCAUUGUGAUUUUGACGCCUGGGGGAGGCGGCUGGGGGGAGGAGUCUUUGCGGGACCAGAAGGAACCUGCGGCUCUACGACAGAAGAUUGACGGUGCGGACCAGAGUCUACUGAGGACUCAAGGGAGCCUGUAUGAGAGGAAUGCCGUUGCGGUGGGGAAUUAA